GCGCUCGGCGGGGCGAGCAGAAGCAGCCAUGGAGGCCGGAGCGGGAACCGGCACCGGGACCGGGAACGGGCCCGGGUCCGGAGCCGGGAGCUGCUCGCGUUCAGAACUGGAUUUGACCACUGCAGGAUCCUGUGAAGGAGCGGAGGGCAGUGAGGGGAAGAGAGCCCAGCGCUGGGGAGCUCUGGACCGUCGGUGUGGACCCAACAUGGAUGGAGAAACCAUUCUGCCAGCCCUGUAUGAAGAGGAAGAGGAGGAGGAGGAAGAGGAGGAGAAAGAGGAGCAGCAGCUACCUCAAGAGGGUGAUGGUGUGGGGACCCUGGAGGAUGGCAAAGCCCGGGAACUGGAUCUGACGGAGGUGGAGCUGGAGCAGCUGCGGGCCCAGGUCCUGCAGCUGCUGACGGAGCUGGAGCAGACAAGGGCCCUGGCCGGCCAGCAUGAGGACGACUCCCUCGAGCUACAAGGACUCCUGGAGGAUGAGCGAAUGGCCAGUGCCCAGCAGGCAGAGACCUUCUCCAAGCAGAUCCAGAGACUCCAAGGCCAGCUGCGGUCCCUGCGGGAGGAGAUCACCUGCCUGGAAGAGGAGAAGGAGAGCGAGUUGCAGGAGGCGGAGCAGGAGCUGCGAUUGGCCCACGAAGAGAUCCAGGCCCUGCGGCAGGCGGCGGAGGACGCGGCGGCCGAGCACGAGGGGGACGUGGCCAUCCUGCAGGAGGAGCUGUGCCGGCUGCGGGCAGAGCUGGCCCGCACCGAGAGCACCCGGGAGGAGUACGAACUGGAGAUCACCACCCUGCGGGCCGAGAUCCAGAUGAAGAGCGGCGGGCGGACGGAGAGCAGAGUCCUCACUGACGUCGGCGUGCUUCAAGAGGAGCUGCGGCAGCUGCGUGAGCGUUGCCAGAUCCUGACGGAAGAGUACCAUUCCCUGCAGCAGAGCAAUGGCCUCCUAAGCGAACAGCUGGAGGAGCUGGAGGCCCAGAGAGCAGUGAGAGCCGUGGAAUCAAGGCAGGAGCCAAGCCCCCGAAAGAAGAUGCUGACGACAGGGUGCCAGGCCUCAGAGAAGGAGCUGCAGGUGGAGAUGGGUCUGCCCAAGGCCAGAGAGCAUCAGGAAGACUCCGAGGUGGAGGCGGCCCUCCGGCAGCAGCUGCUGGGGGCCGAGGAGCAAGUGCAGCAGAUGCAGGGCAAGUGCGAGGAGCUGUUCACGGAGCUGCAGGAACUCCAGCUGCAACACCAGGCCAGCCAGGAGGAGCAGAGCCGGCUGCUGGAGGAGCUGCGGCUCUGUCAGGAUGAGCUGCACCGGCUCCAGAAUGCCCAGGGCCCCAGUGCCACCACCCAGCCACAGAGAGAGGAGCUGCAGAAGAAGCUGCAAGAGCUGCAGCAGCUGUACCAGGCCAGCCAGGAGGAGCAGGGGCAGCUUCUGAAGGUGCAGGAGCAAUUGCAAAAGGAGCUGCACUUCUGUCAGGAGGAGCUGCAGCAGCUCAGGGAAAUUCAGGUGCUCUCAGAAAGCAACAAGAACCAGGAGCUGCUACACAAGCUGCAGGAGCUGCAGCAGCUGAACCAGGCGAACAAGGCAGAGCAGGAACGGCUCCUGGAGGUGCAGGGCCUACUGCGCAAGGAGCUGGGGCUCUGCCAGGACGAGCUACAGCAGCUCAAGGAGGCGCAGGCCCUCCCGUUCAAAAGUGACUCCAGCCCCCAGGACCAGGAGAAAGUGCUGCUGCAAAUGAAGCUGCAGGAACUGCAGCAGCUGUACCAGACCAGCCAGGAGGAGCGGGGGCGACUCCUGGAGUUGCAGGGACAGUUGCAGGAGGAGCUGUGGCUCUGCCAGGAUGAGCUGCAGCAGCUCAGGAAGAGCCAAACUUGCCCCUCCGAUUACCUCAACAACAUUAACAAGUUUGAGGAGCUACUGAGGAAGCUGCAGGAGUUGCAGGAGUUGUUCCAGGUGAGGCAAGAGUCGCUGGGGCAACUGCAGAUGGAGCAGGGGCAGCUAUUGGAGGAGCAGAGGUGGCUGCAGGAGAACCAGGGAUCUCUGCAGGAGGAGCUCCUCCGGCUCAGAGACGCCCAAGGCCCCAAGCCAGAAAGCAGAUGCCUCAUCAUCAGCAAGAGUCAGGAGCUGAUGGACAAGUUGCAGGAGCUGCAUAAGCUGCAGCUCCUGUACCAAGCCAGCCAGGAAGAACAGAGGCGGCUAGUGGAAGAUCAGGGCCACCUGAUAGAGGAGCAGGGGCAGCUGCAGGAGGAGCUCCGGAUCUGUAAGGAAUUGUUGAAGCGGGAGGAAUGUUCUUCAGCCCUGUCCUCCCAAAACCACAUCACCACCCUGAGCAGCAGCAGCAGCAGUAAUAGCAGCAGUAGCAGCAGCAACAGCAGCCACAGCAAGUUUGAGGAGAUCUUGGGCAAGCUGCGGGAGCUGCAGGACCUGUACCAGGUCAGCCAGGAGCAACAGAAGUGGCUGCAGGAUGAGCAGGAAAGGCUCCUGGAGGAACGGAGGCAAUUGAAGGAGGAACUACACUUAUGCCAGGAGGAAGUAAAGCUGUUCAAAAUCCCCAACACCCCCAACCCUUCCCUUCCAAGAGACUUGAGCAGCAACAACUGCAGCAGCAGCUUUGAAAGCACUGAGGCAGCAGAUGUAAUUGGCCAGCUCAUGGUCAAGCUACAGACACUCCAGGCUCUGUACCAAGACAGCCUCAAGGAGCAGGAGCAGAUGAAGGAAGAAUUGAGGCAGUUGGUGGAGGUGCAGGAGCAGCUGCGGAGGGAGCUACAGGGCUGUCAGGAGGAACUACAGGAGCUCCGGGAGUCCAAGCCAGUCCCCGCUCUUCCUGAAAGCAGCAACCACCACCACCUCAGCAGCAGCAACAACAGUGAAGUAAACCCAGCUAGAGAGCACAGGGAGCUGCAGAUGAAGCUGCAGGAGCUGCAGCAGCUGUACCAGAUCAGCCAGCAGGAGCAGGGGCGGCUUCUGGAGGUCCAGGGCCAACUGCAGGAGGAGCUGUGCUUCUGUCAGGAGGAGCUGCAGCAGCUCAAGGUUUUGCAGGCUUCCGCUGGAAAAGGCAGCGUUGUCAUCAGCAACAAGAGUGAGGAGCUGCAUAUGCUGCAGGUGCAGUACAAGGCCAGCCAGGAGGAGCAGGGGCAGCAGCUGCAGGACAAAGGGCAGCCGCUGCAGGACGAGCUGCAGCAGCUUAAGGACACUUCCCUCGAACCUCCCAACAGUCCCGACGCAGAGAGCAAUAAGAGCCUGCUCGGCAUCUGGAAGCCCAUGGUGCUCCUGGCCAUCGCCGCUGUGGCCAUGUACCUGCUACCCAACAUUCAACAGCAGGAGACAGACUGCUGCCCCACAGAGUGAGCGGAGGGCCGGGGCAGUGGGCUCAGCAUCCCCACCGGGCCCAACCACGGGCAGGACAAACUGGGCCAGAGCCACCUUCAGGUCCGGCGCCCCUCGGGUCCCUGCUCCCCUUCCCUCCAACCAUUCAGCUCGGACAGGCCGCCGGGGAGUCACUGUCACCGCUGGGAGGGACUUAACACUGACCUCUUAGUUGCACCAGA